GGGCCCUCUCCGGCAGCCAUCGAGGCGCUGGCGGCGGCGCCGGCGCUCUCCCGGGUGGCGGUGGUGCCCCGGUCAGAGAUGCAGCGGGGUGCGGUGGCCUUCGAGGACGUGGCCGUGCACUUCUCCCCCGAGGAGUGGGGGCAGCUGAUGCGGUGGCAGCGGCAGCUCUACUGGGAGGUGAUGCUGGAGAACCGGGACCUGGUUGCCAGUCUGGUCUCCGAGUCCAAGUUUGUCUGCAAAAUGGAGGCUGAGGAGGAGUCGUAUGUGGGGGACCCCUGCGGCAGAGGGGACGGAGGAGCUCCUGACACCUCUGGAACCUCUGCCUGGGACACGGCUGCUGCUGAGGAGCUGUCUGAGGAAGACAAACAGGGAUGCUGGGUCCCAUGCACAGUGCAAGCCAGUGCGGCCAAGGUGUGGUGCACACCGCUCCGCUCCAGCUUGUGUGACACAGAGACCUGGGCCGGAGCCUCCCCCCAGGGGCUAUUGGGGAGAGAGCAGGUGCUGGUGCCCGGGGCGCUUCUCAUCUGUGGCAUGUGUGGGCAGAGCUUCAAGGACGAGGCCCGGCUGCGCACACACCAGGGUGAGCACCUGCAGCCGGCACCCUCCUACCAGUGCAGGGCCUGCGGCAAAGUGUUCCGCCACCACCGCAGCCUCCUGACGCACAAGAAACAUGGGGGCCGGCACCGGCACGUCUGCAUCGAGUGCGGCAGCACCUUCUGCUUGAAAGGCGACCUGCUGCGACACCGGGCGAGCCACGGCAGCGAGAGCAGCUACUGCUGCCUGCUGUGUGGGGACAGCUUCCUCCACAAGUGCAAGCUGCAGGCGCACCUCAAGGAGCAUGCCGCCGGCAAUGCCUGCCACGAGUGCUCCGACUGCAAGAAGUGCUUCAAGGAUGAGGCCAGCCUGAGCCGGCACCGAGCGGCACACGGCGAGGAGCGGCCAUUCCGGUGCGGGCGCUGCGGGCGCAGGUUCAGCUGGCAGGAGAGCCUCAUCAUCCACCAGCGCAGCCACGUGCAGGAGCGCUCCCACAAGUGCCCCGUCUGCGGCCGCUGCUUCAGCCGCAGCGGGUACCUGCUGGCGCACCAGCGCGUGCACACGGCCGAGCGGCCCUUCACCUGCCCGCAGUGCGACAGGUCCUUCCGCAACAAGGCCAACCUCAUCACCCACAAGAGGCUGCACCGCCGCUGCCAGACCUUCACCUGCCCCCAGUGCCACCUGGGCUUCAGGUCCAAGAGCAAGCUCCUGAGGCACCAGCGUGAGCAUGCGGAGCGCGAUGCCAGGAGCCUUUGCACAGGGGCUGAGCAGGCUGGCUGCCAGCACCCAGUGCCCCGGUGCUUGCCGGUGAGAGCUCCGGCGGCACUGACACCCCUCCUCCCCGACCAGCACCGGUCUCCACCGCCCGCUCCUGCCCGCGACCCCGGAGCACCGGGCGGGGCGGGCCCCGGUCCCGGACUACGGCUCCCGGCAGCCCGCGGGGCCAAGGCCCUUUGUCUGCCGCCCCGCGCGCCGCCGCAGCCCCGGUGCGCUCCGCGGCCAUCGCCGGUGAGAGCCGGGGGCGGGGACCGGCACCGGGACUGGAGCCGUGGUGCGGGUUCUGGUGGGACCACAGCAAUGGAGCAAGAGGAGCCGCCGUUUGGGGGGAACCCACUGGACACGAGGCUCCAGGUGGUGCCCAAUCCCUGUGGCACAGGGAAGGGCUGGGACGGUGCGAAGGGUGAGAUCGUGGUGAAAACGGAACCAGAGGAUGAAUCCUACAUUGGGUGUCCCCAGGGCCUUGAGGCUGCUGGCCCUGGUGUCCCUGGCACUGGUGAGCAGAGCAGGCAGCUGGGCAUCAAGGCUGAAGUCAUUGGGAAAAGUGAGGAUGAAGAUGUGGCAUAUGGAAUUUACAGCUCCGGCUCUCCGGGGCAGGACAUGACCCCUCUUGACAUGGCCUGUGAUGCCAAGCCCGAGGUCAUCAUGAAGGUGGAGCCAGAGGAGCUGCACAUCGAGUGUCCCACAGGAGCUCCUGGCCACUGCAGUGGCACAGGCAUCAGUGGCAAGGAGGAGCUGGAAGAGAUGAAACCAGGGUCAUCAAAGCUGGAGCAGAGCCUGGGGGCUGCUGAGGGGGGUUCCCUGGGGCCCCGACCCCAUGUUAGCCAGUGGACGGUGCAGCAGGUGCAGGGCACCGUGUCUGAUCUCCGGCACAGCCCGGCAGUGCCCGGGGGACAGAGGGUCACCCCCAUGCCAUGGGGACUCUGCCAGGUGAUGGACACGGCUCUGGUGGUGCCAGUGAGUGGCGCUGGACACGUCCCGUCCUCCACCUGCAGGACAGGCAGCACCACGGCCCCCAGCUCCAAGCCGGUGCAGCGACCCUGCAGCCACGUAUCCGAGCGUCCCUUCGCCUGCAGCGAGUGUGGGAAGAGCUUCCAGCACCGGGGGAACCUCGUCACCCACCUGCGGGUGCACACCGGGGAGAAGCCCUUCACCUGCACUGUCUGCGGCAAGAGCUUCAGCCAGAAGGGCGACCUGAUGCGACACCAGCGCAUCCACACUGGUGAGAAGCCAUUCUCCUGCACUGUCUGCGGCAAGAGCUUCUGCUCCAAGCAGACCUUCAUCCUGCACCAGCGCAUCCACACGGGUGAGAAGCCGUUCUCCUGCACCGAGUGUGGCAAGAGCUUCAACCGCAAGGCCAACUUCCUCACCCACCAGAAGAUCCACCGUGGUGAGCGCCCCUUCAUCUGUGCAGAGUGCGGCAAGGGCUUCUGCGCCAAGAAGACCUUCAUCCUCCACCAGAAGAUCCAUGUCGGUGACCGGCCCUUCGGCUGCUCUGAGUGUGGGAAGAGCUUCAGCCGCAACGGUGACCUGACCCGGCACCAGCGCAUCCACACGGGCGAGCGGCCCUUCGCCUGCGCCGACUGUGGCAAGUGCUUCAGCCACAACGGCGAGCUCAUCAAGCACCAGCGCAUCCACACCGGUGAGAAGCCCUUCACCUGCACCGAGUGCGGCAAGAGCUUCAACCGCAAGGGCACCCUCAUCACCCACCAGCGCAUCCACACAGGUGAGCGCCCCUUCGCCUGCACCGACUGUGGCAAGACCUUCAACCUGAAGACGACGCUGAUGAAGCACAAGCGCAUCCACACAGGCGAGCGCCCCUUCACCUGCCUCGAGUGCGGGAAGAGCUUCAAGUACAAGGGCAACCUGCGAACGCACCACCUCACCCACGCCGUGGAGCGGGUCUACCCCUGCACUGAGUGUGGCCGCGUCUUUGCCCACAAGAAGGAGCUGACGGUGCACCAGCGUGGGCAUGCUGAGGAGAGGAUCCUCUCCCGGUGCCGCGAGGGAGAACCCUUCAGCCCCUUCCUCCCUAUGCACCCGCUCCUUGUACCCUGCACCCAGCGCCCUGUGCCGCUCUCCAAGUACAAGUAGGGGUUGGUGGCUGUGGGGACAGCCCAACAUCCUGCCCAGGGUGUGUUCCCAUCAAUGGAGCGGUGAGGGGAGGAAUGAGACCAUCACCAGAGCCUUGAGCCUGCUGCGGGGCCAGUGGUGUGGUGGGAUCAGUGGUUUUCCCAACUGCCAGAUGCCAGGGGGGAGGCGCUGGCUGGGGAUGCUGCCGGCUUUUGGUAGCACCCUGCUCUGACUGGGAGCUGGAGCUGGUGCUCCAGCCUCACCGGAUCCCCACAUCAUGGUAGGGUUUGUGUUAUGGCACAAACUGGCGUCCUCCACACAAGAGCUGCUGCUCAGAAACGUUCCAAAAGCGAAUUGUGGUGGGAGAAGUGGGGCCAGGAGUCCCUGUGCCAGUUUUUGUGUCCCUGACACUGUAAAAUGGGACAGCGCCCAGUGCUGUAGCUGCCCACAGGAUGGUGGGGGUUUAACCCCUUCCUGGCUGUGUGGGGGCAAGUAAGGGGCUAGGGGGUGGCUGCUGGACACACGUAUUUAUAGCACCUUCUUUUUUAUUCCCCCCGAUACAG